UUAAGGUUCCAAAUGUUGCUUCCGAGAUGGUUCGCAGAAGCAAUCUUGCUCCUAAUUUCAAUUCUUGCGUCUACAAACGCUGCAUUCAUCGGAGUAAACAUCGGGACAGAUCUCACCAACAUGCCAUCGCCUUCAGACAUCGUGACGCUUCUCAAGUCGCGACAAAUCACACACGUCCGUCUCUAUGACGCCAACAGCCACAUGCUCAAAGCAUUCGCCAACACCAGCAUCGAAGUAAUGGUCGGUGUGACCAACGAUGAAAUCCUCAGGAUCGGGCGGUUUCCUUCAGCAGCAGCUUCAUGGGUCAACAAGAACGUCGCUGCCUACGUUCCUUCGACUAACAUAACCGCCAUCGCCGUUGGCAGCGAAGUUCUCACCACAACCCCCCACGUGGCGCCGAUCCUCGCCUCGGCUCUCAACAACAUUCACAAGGCCCUCGUGGCUUCGAACCUCAACUUCCAGGUCAAGGUUUCGAGCCCCAUGUCCAUGGAUAUAAUGCCUAAACCGUUUCCUCCGUCCACGUCCACUUUUAGCCCGUCGUGGAACACGACGGUUUUCCAGCUCCUCCAGUUUCUCAAGAACACUGGCUCUUUCUUCAUGUUGAACGCGUAUCCUUACUACGGUUACACAACCGCUAACGGGAUUUUCCCGCUCGACUACGCGCUGUUCAAGCAGCUCUCUCCGGUGAAGCAGAUUGUUGACCCCAACACGCUCCUGCACUACAACAGCAUGUUUGAUGCUAUGGUCGAUGCUGCUUACUACUCCAUGGAAGCUUUGAAUUUCACCAAGAUCCCUGUCGUCGUCACUGAAACUGGCUGGCCUUCUUUUGGUGGAAGCGAUGAAGCGGCUGCAACCGUGGAGAACGCAGAGACGUUCAACAGAAACUUGAUCAACCGCGUGUUGAACAGCUCGGGCCCUCCUAGCCAGCCAGACAUGCCGAUAAACACGUACAUCUACGAGCUCUACAACGAAGACAAGCGGUCCGGGCCAGUCUCCGAGAGAAACUGGGGGGUUUUGUUUCCGAACGGGACCUCUGUUUAUCCACUGAGCUUGAGCGGCGGCUCUGACUCGGCACCUCUGAACGGUUCAUCGUCGUUGUUCUGCGUGGCGAAAGCGGACGCUGAUGACGAUAAGUUACAGGACGGUUUGAAUUGGGCUUGUGGUCAAGGCCGAGCUAACUGCGCAGCGAUUCAGCCGGGACAAGCGUGCUAUCUCCCGAACGAUGUCAAGAGCCACGCUUCUUUUGCUUACAAUGACUAUUACCAGAAGAUGAAAAGUGCUGGUGGAACUUGUGACUUUGAUGGUACUGCCAUCACUACGGCUAGAGAUCCUAGCUAUAGAACAUGUGCAUAUACUGGAAGCUCAAACGCAACGGGUGGAAACUUUCCUCCGCCUGCGUUAGGACCUGUAAGUCCCUUAGGAGGGAACGCAAACGCACUUAUCAUCUCCGUCUACCAUCUCUCUAUCAUGGCACCGUUAGCUCUCACACUACUACUACUGUUACUUCAGCCUGACCGCCUUUUGUAG